UCAAAAAAAAAAAAAAUAAUAAUAAUAAUAAUUUGAUGGCGCCCCACGACCUCCGCCGCCCAUUCAAAAGGGCAGCAAUCUCCGACCAACAGCGGCGGAGAGAGCUUACCUUGCAACGGCAGUCCCAGCACCGCCGCGACGCCCAGCACCAGGCCCGAUGCUUGGCCAACAGUAUUCUCUCCCUUCAAAACGACGCCGUCGCCGACAUCGAGCCAGAAUUCGAAAUUGAGCCCCAACCAGAAGAAGAACACGCUCGUGAUUUCGAUGUCCGACAAGCGGCCCGACUAAGAGGGCCCGAAGCCCGACUAUGGUUCGCCAAGCAGCUAAUGCUACCAGAGUGGAUGAUUGAUGUCCCUGACAGAUUAAGCGUCGAUUGGUAUGUAUGUGCUAGGCCAGCUGGCAAACGUUGUUUCGUAGUGUCGUCAAACGGGACAACAGUUAGUAGAUUACGAAACGGCAGUCAAUUGCACCGAUUUCCGUCUGCUUUACCCAACGGUGCCAAGACCAAUAACAGUUCUCGCUCCGGCCAAUCUUACUGCAUACUCGACUGCAUAUUUCAUGAGCCUGAUCAAACCUACUACGUAAUCGACAUGGUGUGCUGGGCGGGAAUGUCACUGUACGAAUGCACCGCAGAGUUUCGAUUUUUCUGGUUGAACAGCAAACUUGCCGAGACGGGGGCUUGCAACGAUCCCUCGCCUUACCAUAGAUAUAGUUUCAAGACUGUCGUCGUAUACAACUGCGACCAGGAGGGUUUACGAGCAGCUUAUACGGGACCCGUGCCGUAUCUGAAGGAUGGACUCUUGUUCUCCAAUAAGCAUGCACAUUAUCAAUCGGGAAAUACCCCGCUCGUUUUAGUCUGGAAGGAUGAGAACUGUAGUCAAUAUGUUCUUGAUACAGAUAGUAAGGGACAGGUUCCAGAUCAACAACAGGUAGUGCUGGAGCUACUUGAUGAUGGGAGGCUGGCUACCUCAGAUGAUCCUACUGUUAUAUUUGGUUGCUUGGAUAGGGACUUCAUACAAAAGACGGGACUUGUGGGCAGUAAUCUCCUACGGUUUGCCAUCAACGAAGGGGGACUGUGUUUUGCAGAUGGGAAAUUAGAGAGAGCUGAUUUACACUACCUUGGAAAAACUAAUCGAGCUCGAACUUUUGCCGACAGCUAUUCAAAGAUCAUGUUCCAGUACACAGCUCGGUAUUCUCCUCUCAGAAUCGAGCAUCUUUUUGCAUCUAUUAAUUCAACGAAUGUACAAGAGAACUCUACCGAUGCAGAUAUGGCUGGUUAAAGAUUUUGAUAAUAUGAAUUCUUGAAGAACUCUUUUUUUUUUUCUUUGAGAAAAUUAAUAUAUUUGUAAUAUGCUUAUCGAUUUGCUGUGUGAAUUUUUUUUUCUUUUUUUUUUUUGCAAGAAUACCCAAACAACAUUUCUUUUUUCUUGUAUUAGAGUUUGUAAAUUAUGGCUGGUAAGAAGAAAAUGAUAGAUACACUAUCCUAGUACAAUAGAACAAAAUCCUGGGUUCGCGCGAAAUUUAUAUGCAGUUAAGGAAGUUGGUAAGUUUUCCCUUUUAUUUA